AAGCAGCGUUAGCGUUAGCGUUAGCGCUGUAGCUCAGUUUUAUGACUAGUAACUAGUUUUAAUGUAAUAAAUGAAAACUUUAUUAUUACUAUAAUGGCUGUGUGUCGUUUCUUUAUGGAGGGAAGGUGUCGGUAUGGUGAUCAAUGUUGGAAUGAACAUCCGAGAGGAGGAAGGAACCAGAACCAGAACCAGAACCAGAGCAGCAGAGGAGGCUCAGUGAACCGGGUGUGGGUGAACCCCAAUCAGCGCUCGGGAGGAGGUGUGCUCCAGCCCUCGUCCUUCUCUGGAGGUCAAGACUGGAACAGUGGGGCAGGACGGGAUGUCAGGGGUUCCGACUUCAGCCAGAACCGCUUCUCCUCUCUUAACACCACACACUCCACCUACGGCGGUGCAGGAGGAGGAGAUGCAGGAGGAGGAGGUGCAGGAGCAGGUCAUGAUCGAGACAUAGAGGCGAUUCAGAAGGACAUGGAGGCGUGGCAGGACUCAGGACAGUGGAUCUUCUCUUGUUACUCGCUCCUCAAAGCUUCCAUCUCUGGCUUCGUGGAGCUCUCACCUGAGGAACUGAGGAUGGAAUACUACACCAGCAGAACAUCUGGGAACCUGCAGUCCUAUGUGAACUCGGUCCAGCAGCUCUUCAAUCAGUGGAGGUCCAGAGUUCAGGAGCUCAGAACCAUGAACCCAAACACACGUUCUGCCAUGUUAGCGGAAUUGAGCAAUCCGACAGCUCAGCCAGCAUCAGAUGGAUUCUUCAGUUCUUCAGCUUCAUCUACAGGGUUCGGAUCUUCAGCAGGGUUUGGGUCAGCUCCGUCCACAGGGUUUGGAGCUGCACCGUCAUCAGGGUUUGGAGCUGCAUCAUCUUCAGGGUUUGGGUCCACCUCGGCCACAGGGUUUGGAUCUUCAGGAGGGUUUGGGGAAUCAGGAACAUCAACAGGAUUUGGGUCAUCAACAGCAUCUGGACUUCAAGGAGGAGGGUUUGGUUCCAGUUCUCAGAGCGGUGCUGCCGGAUUCUCCUUCGCCCCGCCCAGCGCUGGAUUCGGAUCCUCCUCGGCCCAGCCGGCUUCGUCCCAAUUCGGCUCUCCCGCUCCUUCUGCGUCCUCGUUCUCCUUCACUGCUCCAGCCAAUCAGACCCCAGCUGCAGGGUUCUCCUUCACACCUUCAGGAGGAGGUGGAGGAGGGUUCGGUGGUUCCUCCACUCCAGCGGGGGGUACAGCACCCAGCAGCGGUGGUGGUGGUGGGUUUGGUGGGUUUGGAGGUGCAGUAGGUGUGAGUGCGGGCAUGAGGAGCAGUGGGGGAGGAGGAGGGGACAGCGUGUUCACCCCUCAGAGUGAACUCACCCCGGACGAGCUGAGGGAGUUCAGCGCUAAAAGGUUCACGCUGGGACAGAUUCCUCUCCGAGCUCCUCCUGCUGAACUGCUCAGCGUCUAAAUACUUCUGUGCUCUGAUAUCAUGAUCGUCUUUGUAAUAAAAACCUGAUAUACCUCUAA